UUUCCCACCAUUCUAUGCGGUGAGGCAAGGCAUCAUAUGAAAACGGCCAUGUCGUGGUGCUAGCAAGUUGGUGGAACGAACGGGCAAUAUUCUUUGUUAGAAUUGUACAAACAGGACUAAAUAAAGUAGCUAGUUACUUGCCAUAUACUUUUGUAAUAUAUAUUUAUUUUCCACACUCAAAGAAAAAGGAAGACGGUAUGAGUGGAGGGACGCCCUACAUCGGGAGUAAAAUUAGCCUAAUCUCGAAGGCCGAGAUUCGUUAUGAAGGAAUUUUAUACACAAUUGACACCGAAAAUUCGACUGUUGCUCUCGCCAAAGUCCGCUCCUUUGGCACUGAGGACCGCCCUACUGACAGGCCAAUUCCACCACGAGAUGAAGUCUUCGAGUACAUCAUCUUCAGAGGGAGUGAUAUCAAGGACCUGACUGUUUGCGAGCCACCGAAAGCCACCAGCUCCCUACCUCAGGACCCUGCCAUUGUUCAAUCCUCUAUUGGAUCCACCAAUGCUCCACCCCCAUCAUUCCAGUCUGUGGGCUCAUAUGCACCCUUUAGCAGCAGGGCUCCUGUCCCCCUUACAGCCAGUUUAACCAAGCCCCCUGGUGUCCAGCAGUUUGGAGUUGUUGGUGGAGGUUGGUAA